GAGGCCAUCACGCGCUCCAUAGUUUCGUUUGUUUGAGACGGCGAAGCCAAGCAAACCAAAGCAAAACCAGCAGCUGCUUCCUCCUCCUCCUCAUCUCUCCUCUUCCUCUUCUCCGGUCGGCUCACCGCCAAUCUCUGACCCCUCCCUGUUCUUCUUCUCUAUCUCCUCGCGGGUUUGGGCCUUGCCGCGCCAACGGGGGGAGCUUCUUGUUCUUCGUCUUGUUGGUGGUCAGGGUUUUUUUUUUUUUUUGGUUCCGACGAUUUGGAGGCGGCCAAGAUCCCGGGGGGGGGGGGGGGGGGCGCUGGAGCUCGGCUGGCGGCGAUGAUGAUGAAGGGGAAGGGCGGCGCGGUGGACAGGCGGUCCUCCGCGCGGUGGAGGAUGCUGCUGCUCUGCGCAUUCUGCUUCGGCCUCGGCAUGCUCUUCACGGAUCGUUUUUGGACGGCACCUGAUACCAGUAACCACAUCAUGUCUCAACGCCGGAGGCAGGAUAGGGAGUUGCAACUCAUAUCAGAGGAUUGCAAUACAAAGAGGAAGCAUGGAGAAGACAAGGACAUAAUGGGUGAGGUAACCAAGACCCACGAAGCCAUACAAUUGUUGGAUAAGUCCAUCUCCACGCUGCAGAUGGAACUUGCAGCUAAGCGUAGCACGCUGGAACUUCUCCGUGCUGGUGGCUCACCAGUAACCUCAGAAACUAGCCAACCAAGGAAGAAGGCAUUUGUUGUAAUUGGAGUAAACACCGCAUUCAGCAGCCGCAAGCGCCGUGAUUCAGUGCGAGAGACAUGGAUGCCUCAAGGUGCAAAGCUGCAGCAACUAGAAGAUCAAAAGGGAAUUGUUAUCCGCUUCACUAUAGGGCAUAGUGCUACAUCCAACAGUAUAUUGGACAAAGCUAUAGAUUCAGAGGAUGCUCAGCAUCGUGACUUUCUUAGACUAGACCAUGUAGAAGGGUAUCAUGAACUCUCAGCUAAGACAAAGAUUUUCUUCUCUACAGCAGUUGGUAUUUGGGAUGCUGACUUUUAUGUGAAGGUUGAUGAUGAUGUGCAUGUGAACUUAGGAAUGCUUGCCACUACCCUUGCUCGGCAUAAAUCAAAACCAAGAACGUAUAUUGGAUGCAUGAAGUCAGGCCCAGUUCUCGCUGACAAGAAUGUGAAGUACCAUGAACCUGAGUACUGGAAAUUUGGGGAGGAAGGGAACAAAUACUUCCGUCAUGCUACUGGGCAGAUAUACGCGAUUUCAAAAGACCUCGCGACCUACAUUUCAAUCAACCAGCCUAUCUUACACAAAUUUGCGAACGAAGAUGUAUCACUUGGUUCAUGGUUUAUUGGUUUAGAAGUGAAUCAUAUCGAUGAAAGAAACAUGUGCUGCGGGACUCCACCAGAUUGCGAGUGGAAAGGACAAGCUGGCAAUGUCUGUGUGGCGUCUUUCGAUUGGAGCUGCAGCGGCAUAUGCAAGUCGGUCGAGAGGAUCAAGGAAGUACAUGCUCGAUGCGGUGAAGGAGAUUCUGCUGUUUGGAGUGCUCUAAUCUAGCGAAGAAAGAAACCCGCUGCCCCGUAAAUAUUUAACAUACAGGGUAGGCUCGCAUGGUGACCUUUGCACAGGCGAAUGCUCCCUCGUAGGCUCAACGAGGCUGAUGAUUGAUGGAGAGAUCUUGCUCCAGCGACAAUCUGGAAAUGUUGGAAACAGGGCAUAUUAUGGUCUCACUCACCUUAGCUGAUGGACUCGACUCAUUUCUGGUGGUUUGGAUUGACGAGAUGGCAACACGGCUACGCAACUACACAAGUGCUAGCUUGAACUGAAAUGGUGAAAUGUUACUUGUUCAGAGUAUUCGGUAGAUGUGGCUAUUUUUUGGUGUCACCAUUGGUGACUUGGUGAUGCGAAGAGGGAAGGAGAGACCGGAGUGGCUUGCAUUUAGAUGUAGGGGGGAGUUGUUUCUCAGGUGCCGUGUACCAAAGUAGAAAAAAUCGAAGUGAUAUGUAGAAAACGUUGUUUCAUGCAAAUUUUGAUCAAUUCUUUUUGUAGUUUUUUCUAGAGUAUUUUCAUUUUUUUAGUGAA